AUGGAGCACGACGGCAGUGGGUGCGAGUGCAAGGGCAAAAACUGCAUCAUGGGCGCCUCCUCCUCCUUUCCUAGUCCUCGCCACUGGUCAUCCUGUUCGGUGAAGCAGAUUGAGGGCGCCUUUAAGCACGGCAUUGACCACUGCCUCUUUAACAAGCCCAAAAUCCUCUUUCGGCCUAGCUGCGGCAAUGGCUUUAUCGAUGAGGGCGAGGACUGUGACUGCGGCUUGCCGGAGAGCUGCACCAACCCCUGCUGCAAUGCAACCACCUGCAAGUUUAGCAAGGGCGCCGAAUGUGCGAAUGGCCUGUGCUGUGAUCGCAGCAAUUGCAAGGUCUACCCCUCUGAGGCGGCUCAUAUCUGCCGAUCAGCUAAAUCGGCGUGUGACCUGCCGGAGAAGUGCGAUGGCCAAUCAGAGGACUGUGGAAGGGACUUGACGGUCAAGGACGGAACUGAAUGCCUGCCCGGAUAUGCGUACUGCUACGCUGGCCAGUGCAAUGCUCGCGAACAGCAGUGCAAGCUACUGUGGGGCGAGACGGGCGAGGUGGCCGACUACCGAUGCUAUCAGCACAACAUGAACGCCAGUAGCAGCGGAAACUGCGGCUUCGAUAAGAUUCGCCGAAAGUACCUGCCCUGUGAGACGCAGAAGGACAUGAUCUGCGGUCGUCUGCACUGCUCGCACCGCAAUGAGAAGCUGGAGUACGGACCGGAAGGGGCUGCAGUCAUCUCCAAGUCAAUUGAGUUCCGCAAGGGCAAACUAGUGUCCUGCUACUCCACCGUCAUCGACCUGGGCCUCAACGAGUCAGACCCUGGUCUGGUGCCGGACGGCGCCAAGUGCGGCACCAAUCUGAUGUGCGUCGACCAGCGGUGCGUCUCGGUGAGCAAGUACACGCUGAGCAGUCCCUGUCCGUACAACUGCAACAACAAUGGCCACUGCGACAACGAGGGCACCUGUCACUGCUUCGACGGGUCCACCUCUGCCGACUGCUCUGGCUACGGCAGUCGCUACUUUCUCACCAUCAGCAUUUACAUACUCUUCCUCCUCAUACUGCCCCUGCUCACCCUAAGUGCAUUUCUCUUCUACAACAACCAGCAGCGAAUCAAAGCCUGGUUCCGCAAGAAGACCUUCUCCUCCCCUGAGUACCACAACCAGAAGCGAAAGAAGCUGCCGAUGAACCUGCAGAUAUCCAGUCCGGUUGAGGCUGGAAGAGGAGGUGACCACCACCAGAUGACGACCAUCUUCUCCAGCAAUGCCCACAGCAAUGCCUCCACCACCAGUACGGUCAUACUGAAGCCAAUUCGACCGGCGCCUCCUCUGCCGCCAAAUCACAAUCCCAGCAACGGCGUCGUGCAGAUGUCUUCCAGCGUACCGUUGCAGGCUGAUCAGCUCAACAGCCUUCGGAAGGGAAGCGUUCGCAGGCCAAAGAAACCGCCACCUCAACCGCCACCUAAUAACCCACUUCCACUUGUUUGUGAUAGUAGUCCCACUAAGGAGGAUAUUGGAGUGAAAAACAUGAUUUUCAAGUUUGAAAAUCUUGAUACUCAUUAG